AUGGCCGGUGGAACAAGUAACAAAUCAGCAUCACAAUUAAUGGCUGAAGCAAAUAAAAAAGCAAAAUCAGCAGGUGGAUUUUUUCAACGUAUGAUGGGUGCUGGUAGUACUGCAAAUGAUGAUGCUCGAGCACUUUAUGUUCAAGCUGGAAAUGCUGGCAAAGCUGAAAGUGAUUAUCCAACAUCAGUUGAAGCAUAUAAACGCGCAUUAGAUUUAAGUAGUGAAGAUUUUGAAAAAGCUCAAAUGUAUGAAGCUAUUGCAUCAUCAUAUAAAAUGUUUGAUGUUCCACAAGCUAUUCCACCAUUAACACGUGCUGCUGAAAUGCAUAUGUCACAAGGUAAAUGGACAAUGGCAUCUCAAACAUUGGAAAAAAUUGCUGAAUUAUAUGAACAAUUGAAUGACCUUGAUAAUAUGAUGAAAUGUUUAAAAGAAGCUCAUCGAUUUUUAAAACAAGAAGGACAAAAAGCGGGUGCUAAUCGAGUACAAAAGAAAAUGGCUGAAAUACUUGCACUUCAACAUGAAUAUAUUCGAGCACAACAAGAAUAUGAAGAAAUGGGCGAUAGAACAAAAGAUGAUAAUUUACUUAAAUAUGGUGCAAAAGAUUUUUGGUUAAGAGCGACAAUGUGUGCAUUAUGUAUUGAUGUUGAAAAUGCGAAUACGGCAUUGAAUCGUUAUACUAGUGAUAAUCCAUUAUUUGAAGAACGAACACUUGAAGUUAAAUUACUGCGACAAUUAAUAAGUGCUGUUGAAGAACAAAAUAAAGAAUUAUUUUUGAAACAUAUUGAUGACACACCAUUAUCAACAUUACGUUCGGAUCGCGUAUUUCGUUCAUUAUCAGACGACAUUGCGAAAAAGAUUAAUGGUGACGUUGAUCUUAAAUAG